CAGGUGCCCAGCUUCGCGAAGUGCCCCUGCUGCUUGAAAAGGGAGGAACUGGGAGGCUAACCACGCAUGCGCGAUAAGAACACUAUUCCCCCGGCCGCGCCUUGUAGGAGGAGAAUUGGAAGCGCGCAUGCCCAGUUGGAGAUGGUCUCAGUUCAGGGCUGAUUGUUUGAAGUCGUCGUUCGUACAGAAAUAAGUUUUUUCUCUUAGCGUUGUGCUCACGGUCAGGAGGAAACUUCUUCUGAAUGGGUUCUUAAAGUGAAGGGGGGGCGGGUUCUGUUGCGUGUUAGUGACUGCUAGAGGAUCAGAAUGUAUGGGUGUGUUCUCCUUGCGGCUGAAAUAAGAACACCUGGGCUAUACACCAGCAUCAGGUGGGAUCUGGCCCACCUACAGCAUGUGCCAAAAGGCUGUGAACAGAAAUCACUGCAAUACCUCUGACAGAGUUUGCCUCGGUCUGAAAAUGAACAAACAGAAGGCAGCUUGCGCUGAGCAAACCACAGCCUUUGACCAGUUCAGUCCUGGUAUCAUCGCUGAAAUUGAGAAGCUGUUUGAGAAGAAAUUCUUGUACACCAAACCGCCCAAUAAUGAAUGGCAGCUCCCAGAUCCCAGCCAUGCUUUUACCUGCGACCACAAGGAGUUUGGUGCCCUCGUUGCCCUAAAGGAUUCAUUGAACGAAGUCAAGAACCUGCUGAGUGAUAAGAAACUGGGUGAAUGGCAUCAACACACAUCCUUCACUAACAAAGCAGGGAAAAUCAUUGCUCAUCUUAAGAAAACUGCAAAUGCUGAGUUGUGCACUCAGGCUUGGUGCAAAUUCCAUGAGAUCCUGUGCAGCUUCCCUCUUCUCCCAAGCGACGCUCUCCAAAAUGGAGAGCUCAACUCCAUCCACCUAUGCGAAGCUCCUGGAGCCUUUAUCACCAGCCUCAACCACUACCUAAAGUCUCACCGUAUCCCUUGCGAUUGGAAUUGGGUAGCCAAUACCUUGAACCCAUAUCAUGAAGCCAACAAUACCCUCAUGAUGAUAAUGGAUGACAGGCUUAUUGCCAACACCUUGCCCUGGUGGUACUUUGGCCCUGACAACACGGGGGACAUCAUGACACUGAAACAUCUCACGGGGCUGCAGCACUUCAUAAGCAACAUGGCCAGCGUUCACCUGGUCACCGCGGAUGGGAGUUUUGAUUGCCAGGGAAAUCCAGGCGAACAAGAAGCACUUGUUUCCGCCUUACACUACUGUGAAGCUGUCACUGCCUUAAUGACCCUGGGACUUGGGGGCUCCUUUGUUCUGAAGAUGUUUACUUUGUUUGAACACUGCUCUGUGAACUUGCUGUAUCUGCUGAACUGUUCUUUUGAGGAGGUUCAUGUUGUUAAACCAGCCACUAGUAAAGCUGGGAACUCUGAAGUAUACGUGGUUUGCCUCCGCUAUCAGGGCAGAGAGGCCAUCCACUCACUCUUGUCCAAGAUGAUGCAGAACUUUGGGACAGAAGUGGUCGAGAAGGCCCUCUUUCCCCAGCAUUUAAUUCCAGCAUCUUUCCUGAAAGUCCAUGAAGAUUGCUGUUCCUUCUUUUACAGGCACCAAACAGAGACCAUUUCUGAGAAUCUCAGACUCUUUCAGUAUAUGGGCGAGGUGGAGCAGGCAAGGCUCAGCAUUUUCCGGGACUGUGCUGUGGAGUUCUUCCUGAAGAGGUUCCAGAUGAAAUCGAUUGCUCGAAGUAACUGGCUGGUGAAGAGGCCCCAUGCUGGCUGCAGCAUGAACUCCAAAUGGUGUGGGCAGAGGAACAAAUAUUUUUGCACGUACAACGAAAGGAAACUGCUGGAAUCUCUGUCCUGGGAAGAAAAAGUGGCAAAGGGUUGUCUGAACCAGUGGGCCGAAGAGCACUCCCUCAACACUGUUGGGAAAAGCUGCAUUUUGGAAGGGAGGUCUUGUGAUCUGGAGUGCCGCUUAUGGUAUAUCUUGGAGGGGCAAAGGUUGCCAGGAGUGAAAUGUUCACCCUUCUGUGAUGGUGAGGCCUUGAAGAGCCUCAACGAGGCUCUUGAAAAGUCCAUAGUCGGAAAAGUGAGCAUUGGCUCCCUUGCAAGACUGAUACAGCAAGAGUGCCCAUCUUGCCACAUCUUUACAGAAUCGUCCAUACUCUCCCAAUUGUCUGAUCUUAUGGAGUGUUGUAAAGGGUUUCCCAACGAUGGUUGCACCAAACAAACAAAGUGCCUGGUUGUUGGCUUGCCAUCAUUUUGUGGUGCCGGACUCCAGUCUGGCUUGGAGGUGAAGCCCCUGGAGACAACAUUGCUCUUGACUUUCACCUGUUCUUUACUUCACGAUGGAGAACCAAAAUAUCAACAAGAACUCCUGGAAUGCCUCUUGCGCUCAUUUUCUCAGCUUCAGCUGGGGGACGCUUUGGUUCUGCCUGUGCUCUCAUGCCUUACCCGCUUCACGGCUGGCUUAGUCUUCAUACUGCACAGCUGUUUCCAGCGCAUCUCGUUUGCUUGCCCCACAGCAACCCAGCCUCUGGAGACCAGUGCUGUCCUGCUGUGUGCUGGAUAUCAAGGGCUUCCGGACCCAGUUUUCCAGUACCUGCAACAACUGAACAAGCUCAUGGGCACUUUGCUUGAUUCGGACUCUCCACAGCAGGUCUUGCAAUUUGUGCCGAUGGAGAACCUUUUGAAGGGGCUGCUGUUGGAGUUCCUAUGGGACCUAAACACUGCAAUUGCAAAAAGACAGUUGCAUUUGAUUAUCCAAGUUGAGCAGCAGCAAAUCACAUAAACUUUUUAAAAAUGUUUAAAAUAGCAAGUUACCAUGGCCCCUUUAAGUCGAGUAACUCAGUGCUUUAUUUUUAAGAUUUAUUCCCUAAAUCGUAGGGAGGUUCUUAUUUCUGAUUUUGAGACACAAGGCCUCUUUUCCUCUAUUGCACAUCAUGGCCUGCUGUGUACAUUUUUGCAGGCAAGGAUCUGUGUAAUUUAUUUUGCAGAAUCAUACCAGAAGUGUUGGAGAAAGAGCCCGUUGCUUUUUGUAAGCCCAGUCCAAAUUCACCUAGCUCAGUCUUUCACAACCUGGGGGCCUCCAGAUGUUGCUGAGCUACAGCUCCCAUAAUCCCCAGCUAAAAUAAAUUGUAGCUGGGAGUGAUGGGAUUGUAGUCCAGCAACAUCUGCAGGCGCCCAGGUUGGGAACCACUGAGCUAGCUGUCUGCUUGUUGGAAUAUCUCACUGGCCUCCUUCAGUUUCAGCCACAGCUGUGUGGGAGUUCCUUCCCCAUAGUGUGAUCUUAUACUACUGGGGAGUCUUGUCUUUCUCUCUGUCUUGUGUAUCUGUGGAGCAAAUCACUUGGAUCCUUCCCAACUUAUUGAGGCCCUGCUGGAAGAGCAACCACUGGUAGGUAAAGUACAUGUUUGCAUCAUACAUGCACACUCCCCUGUGGUGUAGAAUUGUGCCAUUGUUGGGUGCAAAUGAAGAGAGCAGUUAUGGUUGUUUGGAGACUAAAUCCAUCUCUUCUACUGGCAUUGGCCAGGUUUCACAUGUACUUUCUUCCUUCCUCUCUCUUUUGAACUGAGGAGCUAUUAUGUCUUAUUGCUGUACUGUCAAAUGUGCUCUCAUUGAAAUAAUCUCAUGGGAAACAUUUGGCAUGGUCCAGUUACAGAAGGUCUUUCUGCUCCUGGAUUACCAUUCUGUGUUUCAAACAGCCCCUCUCUGAGGCUGUCUUGGAGAUAUUCAUUGGUCACAAGAGCCAACUAAAAUUGACCCAUCCGAAAAGAUUGCAUAGACGCUUAUUCAGGGCUGUACAACUUCAACCAGCUGUUGUUGGAUGACAACUCCCAUCAUCCCUGAUUACUGGCCACUGUGGCUGGGGAUGAUGGGAGUUGUACUCAAAUAGCUGGAGAGCUGAAGUUGUGUGCCCCUAUUAUUCUAGUUGUAGGAGCUAUGUUGAGUAGCAUAUCAUGUGAAUUUGUGCCAUUGAGAAACAUGAUCCUCAGGCACACUUGGUGCAUUGGGUUUUUUUAAAGUUUUCUAUUUGCCCUUUUCUGAUUUGUCACGGUGGGCUUGGCAUGAUUGCGCAAAGACAGGGAUUGGAGUCUUAACUACAGUGUGGGCAGUUCCACUGGAAGAAUGUGGAGUGACUGUUCAGGCCAUCUUGGUAUGUGAAUAACAAGUAAUUAUUGUGUUGGUACUAAGCAGCAAGAGCUCUCUGAUGGUUCGAGCAGAUUUAUUAUGGAAGCAGCAUUCAGCCUGGCCACCUAUCUCCUGCCCAGAUGUUAAGUGAGGCCUGGAGUUACUUAUCGUACGAUCCCUGGAAGUUUCUUUCUCAGGAUUUGUCCAAGAGACAAAAAGGAGCUGUGCCAAAGUAAAAUGCUUGAUUUGAGGCUUAGCCUAGAGUUCCUGAUGAACUGUGUUCAUAAUGUGUACAAUUUGGAGGCAAAUGUAUAUCUGGCAUUGAUUGCUAUUUCCAGAGAGCUGCAAGAUGGGGGAGGGUGGAGAACAUAACUUGCAGGAGAGAACUGAAGGGGGGGUAUUUUCCCUUGCAAAUCCUCCUUAUCCAGCCAUUCCCCCUCGAAUGUUUCCCACACUGUGGAAAUGAAAAACAGCUGGAGGAGGGUGAUUACAGGGGUUUAGAGUGGUGGAAGGGAUCAAGCUACCCCUUACCAUUUUACCAUUCUUUGGCAGCAAUCAGGGUUCUCAAGCAGUAUUCCCUGUGAUGGGGCUUCUCAGAUGUGGACUACAAGUCCCAUCAUCCCCAGCUGCCAUAUCCCUGAUUUUUUGGGGGGGAUGAGUUCUCAUUUUACAAAUAUAUUCAGUGUAUCUGGAGGGCUCCAGAUAAAGUUAAGUUGGGCUGAUAAUCCUUGCUUUGUGUUGGAUUUCAUUUAUUGCCCAAAUGAUUUUCUUCCCUAGUUUGCACACUUCUGGUUCUUUCUCUCUCCCUCACUCCUUGGCUCCCCCCACCCCACCCCAGCUAUCAAAAGCGCGGUUGACAUUUUUCUGGAAUAAAUGGCGUGAAGGUCACUUCUCCAUGUUGAUCUCUGAAUUGACUGUUUUUAUUUCGCUGGACCUUCAUAAAUUAUGAGCACAAAGGAAAUUUCAGCUGCAGAGAAGAGUUUAAAAAAUAAAACCUUUUGUGGAUUUUGAAAAUAAAAAACCUAUUCCGUU